AUGGACCAAGAGAUAGAUGGAUAUGUUUGUGUAAUUAAUAGAAUAGACGCUGACCCCAUAGAUGUUCUGGUGGACCAGUGGUUGAAUUUCAGUGUGCUACUGUGUUGUGUGCUGGACUCAGAGGGUCGGCCGGUGUCAUGGAUAUUGACCUAUGCUUCCUGUGCGAUGGGAAUGCUGUACACAAUGCCGGAGCACAGACGGAAAGGCUACGCCAAAGACCUGGUCACCACAAUGGCAAAGAAACUGCGUUCAGAGGGCUACCCAGUGUACUGCUUCAUUGAGGAGGAGAACCAGUUGUCCUACAGGCAUAAGCUUUACCUGGUAUCACAACGUUGA